AUGGCGCCCGACGGCGGCGGCUCCCCCGGCGCGACGCCCGCGACGGGAACCCCUCCUCCCGCCGCGAAGAGCAAGCACCCGCUCCUCGCCGCGGUCCAGGGCGGAAGCGCGACCAUCGUCAAGCUCCUCCUCGAUAAGACUCGCGACGCGGUCGACGACGUCCGCGCCCCGGGGACGGACAACACGGCGCUGCACCUCGCCGCCGCGGAGGGGAAGCUCGACGUCCUCAAGAUCCUCCUCCCCGCGUUCGCGUCGUCGUGCGCGGGCGCCGCUCGCGGCGGCGAGCGCGCGGGCGUGAACGCGCGAAACGCGAACGGCGACACGCCGCUCAUGUUCGCGUGCGCGCGAGGACGCACCGCGGCCGCGGCGGCGCUCUUAAACGCCGGCGCGAGCGCGGACGCGACGAACAAGGGCAAGUCCACGCCGUUGAUGUUCGCGUCGCACGCGAACGAGGCGCUCUGCGUGGAGAUUCUCCUGCGCGCCAAGGCGAGCGUCGAGGCGCAGGACGCGCACGGAAGACGCGCGCUGCAUUACGCCGUCGAGGCGGGCGCGUGGCGGUGCGUCGACGCGUUGAUAGAGACGGGCGGCGCGGACGUCUUCGCGCGCGACCGCGACGGGCGCGUCCCGAGCGCGGAGUGGCACCAGCACGGCGUCGGCGAGGACGCGCGGAGGCGGUGUCGCGACGCGCUCGAGAGAGAGACGCGGAGGAGGACGGAGGCGCGGCGCGACGCGACGGCGGCGUUGUUGGCGGGCGAGGCCGACGGGCGCGGGGACGAGGGAGGCGGCGACGCGCCGCGCGCGAAGGCGGAGGCUUCGAGCGGUUCGAGCGGCGGCGGCUCGGGGAAGAAGAAGAAGAAGAGCGAGCGAGAGGGCGGCGGGAAGAAGCGAGGGCCGAAGCGAGCGACCGACGCGGGCGGGGGCGAGGAGGGGGUCUCGACGGGGAAGAGCGACGACGACGGCAGCGACGGCGACGGCGACGACGACGACGCGUCACCGGCGUUGACGGUGAACGACGCGUGGGCCGCGGCGUUCGCGGCGAUGGUGACGAACGCGACUCCGGAGGCGUCUCCAUCGUCUCCGGGAAUCGAGGAGGGAACGGGCGGCGGCGGCGGCGGCGACGGCGACGACGACGACGGAUUCGAGAAGGUCGUGAGCAAGCGCAAAGCGAAGGGCGGCGGCGGCGGCGGCGGGGGCUCGGCGGUUCCGCAGCCGGCGGCGGUUUCGAAGCCGAAACCGGCGAAAGCGCCGCCGCCGCGACCGGCGCCGCAGUCUCCCGCGCCGCCGGCUUCCUCGGCGACGUCGUGGGCGACGAUGGCGGGGUCGAAGGAGACGUCGUCCCGAGGACAGACGCCGCUUCCACCGCCGCCGACGUCGCCGCCGCCGCCGCCGAUGACGCCGACGUCGCCGCCGCCGCGCGACCUGUCCUGGAUCGCGGAGGCGACGCGCCGUCUGGAGUCCACGCACGUCACCGCCGCCGCGCUCGAGGUGACGCUCGCGCACGUCUGCGGCGUCGGCAUAGACACGCUGUCGUACUCGCAGCUGGAGGUCGUCGAGGAGAUUCACCGCGACGCGCUCGCGAGGUGCGCCGAGGCGAGGAUAGAGCUCGUGCGAACGCAAGAACGCGUGAAAGCGGCGGCGGCGGCGGAGAUCGAACGCCUGCGCGCGGCGCUCGCGGACGCGACGACGCGAGGCGGCGAGUAA